AAGAACGCCACGGUUCUGCAGAUGAUAGAAUAUCACGUCUAGAGGCAAGUUUAGAAGAAAAAAAUGCGGAGUUAAUGCGUUUGAAUCAAAGACUGAAAAUGAAUGAAGAGCACAACCAAAGGUUGUCUUCAACGGUUGAUAAAUUGCUAUCUGAAUCCAACGAUCGGUUGCAAGUUCAUCUUAAAGAAAGAAUGACUGCUUUAGAAGAAAAAAACACUUUGACUCAGGAGCUAGAUAAAGCUAAAAAAUAUGCAGAUGAAUUAAUCCAUGAAAAAUCUGAAAUCAUCAAAGAAUUGUCAAAAAGCAGACUAGAGAUGGAAAAUUUCAAAAGACAAUUAUUACAACAGGAAAUAGCAUUUAAUAUUCAACAGACCGAAGCUUUAACCAGGAGUUUAUCACCUACUAAUGUUUCCGAAGCUGAUCAUUUUCCUAGAAGUGCUUCGCAUUCUAGUUUCGAUGCGCUUAACAUCAGAAGAAAAAAGAUACUGGAUGAAGAACAUUUUACAAGAUCACUAGCAGAGCAGGAUUGGGAAAAAAUACAACAAAUUACAAGCACACAACAUUGUGAAGAUGGCACUAUGGAAACUGAAGACACAGAUAGUUUGUUCAGUACUACUGAUGUAAUAUCUCCAAGCGAACAUACCGACGCUCAAACUCUUGCCAUGAUGCUUCAAGAGCAACUAGAUGCCAUAAACAAUGAGAUACGGUAAUUUAGAAUAUCACUUCUAUAGUUU